CUUGCGUUCAACAAGUCCAGCAAACAGAGCAGCAGCUAAACUACCAAGUUUGUCCAUUAACUUCUUCGUGGAAACACCGAUACCUCAAAGCCCUCAUCAGCAUGUCCUUCGCUCAGUUCUUUGUCGCCUGCUGCCUGGCCAUCGUCCUCCUGGCCGUGUCCAACACACGGGCCGCUGUCCAGGGUCCACCACUGUGCCAGUCCGGCAUCGUCGAGGAGAUGCCCCCGCACAUCCGGAAGGUGUGCCAGGCUUUGGAGAACUCCGAUCAACUGACAUCGGCCCUCAAGUCCUACAUCAACAACGAGGCAUCCGCUUUGGUGGCCAACUCUGAUGACCUGUUGAAGAACUACAACAAGCGAACGGAUGUCGAUCACGUCUUCCUGCGCUUCGGCAAACGUCGUUAGGGACAUUCAUGCAAAGCACAUUGGCGAACACCACUUGAUUGCGACUUGAGACAACGACACUGGACCCUGACCACAAGCGGCGGAAUCGUUUCUGUUCACACAAAAUGCACAACACUAUUUUCGACGUCUUCAGCAUAAUUAUGUAAACGUAAUCAAUGGAAACUCAGAACUAUACUCAAUUGGAAGCUCUCUAGUUCAUUAAAUGUAUCCAAUGUCCAAUGUUUCUAUACAACAAACAAAAAUCGAAUACAUAUUUGUACAUACUCAAAGACCCUCGAAAUGUGCUGGAAGUUAAACCCUUGGUUUUGAUUUAAUUCGUACUGCUUUAUUUGCUGAGUGUUAUAAAAACUAAGAAUACGUAUUUCAAAGAUGUUUAAAUAUCUCACACAUAUUUCCCUAGCAUGAAGCACUAUUAUUAAAUAACCAA